AUGGUCUUGACACACACGACAAACUUCAACUACUCCCACCCUUUCCCGACAGUAACGCUCGCCUACUUCCUCCGUUACUGCUCCCCGCAGCUCAAUCCCUUCGCAAACCAUGUCUUGAGCACCGAUACCCUCUCAAGCCAUGUCGACCCCGACACUGGCCGGUUGCACACCACCCGCAUACACCUCAAGAAGUCUCGUCUUCCGGCUGCUGUCAUCAAGCUUCUCCCUACCAGCGUGACGGGUGGCAUUGCGGACAAGUCAUCCUACAUCUUGGAGACCAGCGUGGUGGACAUGCGGGAGGGUUGGAUGAAAACAGAGAGCAAGAACCUCAACUUUGCCGGCAUCCUGUCCGUCGUAGAGAAGCAGCUGUACACGGCGCCUUCAUCCACGAUGGCCCCGUCCCAGCUCCAGGAUGCACAGUCCUCCACCACCGGCGUCGAGACCACGGUCAUCUUCCGAUCACGCCUGGGCGAGCGGAUUAGGGAUCGCAUCGGCCAGGGACAGCAGCACGCCCACCAACACCUGGACGACCAGAAGCCAGGCUGGUUUGCCAAGGGCUGGGUCCACAACCUGGGUGCCAAGGGUGUGCAGCGGAGCAUCGAGACCAUCGCCUCGACCAAGACCCAGGACCAGCUGGGCAAGAGUCGCGAGGGCAUGCGAGCCGUCCUCGAGCGCCUGCGCAUGAGUGGCAUUAUCGGCGUUCUCGAACUCAGGCGCAGGGCUGCCGAGGGCAAGCUCGAGACAGCUUGA